AUGGCUUCCUCACUCGCAGCCGAGCAGGAUCUGCUCAACAAGGCAAUCAAGCAAGAAAAGAGCGCCUCAGGCGGCUUCUCCUUCUUUGGCGGCAAACAAGAGAAAUACGAAAAAGCCGUCGAAAUGUACCGCACAGCCGCAAACGCCUACCGCGUAAAACUCACCUCCAUCGACGACCCCGAAACCAUUUCGCUUGCAGUAUCCCAAGGCGGUUCUGCACUCGAGUCUGCCGCCAGGAUCUGUACUGAGAAUCUGGAAGAGCCCCUUGAUGCUGUUAAUAUCUACAACGAGGCGUUUAAGCUGUAUCACGAGGUGCAGCCAGAGAAGGCGGCAGUCAUGUUGGAGCAAGCUAUUCAGAAGCAAAAGCAGUUGGGAAGAUGGAGACCGGCGGCUACGAAUACUGAGAGUUUGGCUACGCAUUACCAGCAAGUGUUGGGCAACAACGCAAAGGCUAUUGAGGCAUACAAGGAUACCCUCAAGUGCUACAAGCAAGAUCCCGCUCCUGCUCUUGAGAACAAGAUUACUCUGGCCCUGUCGGACUUGCAAGCUUUGGAGGGCGACUACAGAAGUGCUAUCGAAGGCUACGAGACAGCAGCCGACAAGGCUCAGAACAACAACCUUCUUGCCUGGAACAUCAAGAACUACCUCUUCCAAGCUGGUAUCUGUCACUUGGCCACCGGUGACAUGGUAGCCACAUCGCGUGCCUUCGACGAAUGGCGCUCCAAGUACGCUCAGUUCACCUCAGCCCGCGAAUUCCAACUCCUUAACGACCUGAAGGAAGCCGUGGAAGGUGGAGACCAGGACCAAUUUGCAGACCGCCUGUACCAGUUCGACCAAAUGCAAAAGUUGAACAAGUGGCAGACUACAGUGCUGCUGAGGAUCAAGGAGAAGAUUGAGAGCCAGGAUGAGGACUUCUCUUAG